AGCUGAAUCAUAAGAAUAUUUGAGAAGGAACUAUGCCAAACUUGCCAAUCAAUGUCAUAUGUGUGUUUUAAUCCAGCCAUCAAGAUGCUUUGAUGUGAUCCACACCCCCUUGUAAUAGCCUCCACACAGUCACGAUGAGCGGCAAACGUAAAAUGGAAAAUAUGGGGGCAUCAAUGGGCACGGACGAGCUUGUGCGGGAGGCUAUGCGGGAAGUUGAGGAGAAAAAGAAAGCCAAGAAGCAAGCACAGUCAGGUGCCCCCGUCAGGGAUCCGUCCAAGAAAGGCAAAACGCUUGAGGAGCUGGAACAGGAGGAGGGAGGGACCAUUAAGGAGUCCCAAGUGCCCAUGGCACAGGUGAAGCGCGCUCAGAAGCGGCAGGGCAAGGCCCAGACCGAAGAGACGGAGCUUGUGGGUGUUGGCGACCUGGAAGAAGUGGAGGAGGCCCUGGAGGUGGAGGAGGAUGAUGGAGUCACGCUGGAGCCAUUCAAUCUGGCCCAGGAGCGCAGGGAGGGGUACUUUGAUGAGGGUGGUCACUAUGUGGAGCACAGAAACAAGGACGAGGAAGAACUGGAGAAGGAUGCCUGGCUUGCCAGCUCCAAAGAUGCGGUGGUGAGUGCGGCUGUGCGGCGAAAGAUCGAGGAGCAGCAGGCACGCGAAGCGGCUGCAGAGGCCGCGCCGGACAUGUCUGGCGCGCAGGCUGCCGCGCUCAAGCGCCAGAUUGCCGACCUGCUGCAGCCGGGGGAGACCGUCACAGAGGCCCUCAAACGGCUGCGGCCGCCCGCACCCAAGCCCGCCAGAAGAGGGAAGCAGCAGCGGCCGGCUCAGAAGGCGGAGAGGACGCCGGAGGAGGCGGCGGCGCUGGCGGCGUUUGAUGCAAUCACGGAGGCGGCCAGCGCGCUCAUGGACAGCGGCGAGCUGGACGUGUACAGCACAUGCCGCGAGGAGUUCCAGCGUGCGGCCGCCCUCUUCGCGCCAGCCGCAGACAUCUUCGCCGACGCGGACGGGGAUGACGACAUGUUCGGCGACGGAUUUGACACAAAGCAGGAAGACGCGGGGCCUUCUUCUGCUGGGCCCAGUGGCGUGAACGGGCAUGGGACUCCCAGCACAGUGGCAGCAGCAGCAGCCCCCAGCGCUACAGCUCCUGCAGAGCCGGCGAAGCAAGCAGCUGUGGAAGCUGCACCGCCUGCAGCAGCUCAGGCGAGUGGGCCGACAGUGGCAGCACAGGGUAAGGAAGCUGAGGCCGUGGACUACAGCCGCUGGCCGAUAAAGGAGCUGAAGCGGUUUUUGAUUGAGAGGGGUGCCGACCCCACUGGCAUCGUGGUGGAGAAGGAUGACCUUGUGGCAAAGGUGAGGGAGCUGGCAGAGAAGGGGCCAGAAGGCGAGGUGUCUGCACAGGCACCGGCCGGGUAUAUUCUUGAUCCGGGCAGCGGAUAUUUUUACAAUGCAGAGGCCGGCCUCUACUAUGACGUCAGCAGCGGCGGAUACUUCUCAAGCAGCACCAAUAAGUGGUACAGCCAUGAUGCACAGACUGGGCAGUACAAUGAGUGGCCUGCCUCUGCCAGCUGA